AUGACUAGCCUUUCUUUCUACAAUGCAACCUUAGUUUUAUAUCUCUUGUUACAAUUUUCAGCCAUCUUUUCUACAAAUGCAUUGAAUGGUUUUAGUACCAAAUUCAUCCAUAGAGAUUCACCCGAGUCGCCAUUUCACGACCCGUCUAUCAGCCACUCAGACCGCAUGGUUGGAGCUAUCCGUCGAUCUAUGUCCCGUUUGUCUCAUUUUAAGUCGGCCCAUAAUCAUACAAACAAUUCAAACAUAAACACAAAAGUCUUUCCAGGUAAUGGAGAGUACCUCAUGGAGUUUUUCAUUGGCACACCGCCCUUCAAGCAAUUGGCAAUCGUUGACACAGGUAGCGAUAUUACAUGGACCCAGUGCAUGCCAUGCGACAACUGCUUCGAGCAAGAUCAACCCAUUUUCAAUUCGAAGAAAUCUUCAACUUUUAGACCACAACCAUGUGGUUCUAGUGCAUGUGAAUCCUUAGAUGAAUCGCAUACAUGUUCAAGGGACACAAAAAGUUGCGUAUACAAUUUAGCCUACGGCGAUAGUUCCAGAAGCACCGGAGUCCUAGCCUUGGAAACUUAUACCAUGGGAGGAGUCUCGAUCCCGAAUUUGGCCUAUGGGUGCUCGCACAAUAGCCGAGGCUCAUUCCAACCAAACACUGCAGGCAUCAUCGGGCUUGGAGGUGGACCCCUUUCUCUCGUUACCCAGCUUGAUAAAACUAUCGAUGGAAAGUUCUCAUAUUGUCUUGUGCCUAACAGUUUGUCUAAUGUGAGUAGCACGAUCAACUUUGGCUCAAAUGCGCGUGUUUUUGGUUCCGGGGUGGUGUCCACACCCUUGGUCAGAAGGAGGGGAGACACUUUCUAUUACCUCACAUUGGAAGCGAUUAGUGUUGGCCACAAAAAGAUAAGACUAUUUGAAUCAGGAGAAGCUCUUAAUGGUGAGAAAGGUAAUAUGAUAAUUGAUUCAGGCACUACAUUGACUAUCUUACCAUCACAAACGUUGAAAGAGCUAGAGCAUGCAUUGAAAAGUGUGAUUCAUGCCGUGCCAAUUGAGGAUCCUGAACAAAUUCUUAGUCUUUGCUACAAAAAUAACAAGAGCUUCAAACCACCAACUAUCACUGCCCAUUUUGCUGGUGGCGCUGACGUGAAAUUGUUGUCUUCGAAUAUUUUCGUUUUGAGUGGAAAUGCGGCGUGCUUGGCUAUGCUCCCAAAUGAUGAAAUACCCAUAUUGGGGAACUUGGCACAAAUGAACUUCUUGAUAGGAUAUGAUCUUAAGCUUGGCACUAUAUCUUUCAAACCUAAGGAUUGCUCAAAGGAGUAA